ACUCACACAGACUCUGUCACACCUUCCCCACAGCCUCAGCCUCUGUGAGAGACUCAGCAGAUCUUGACGUUGUGAGGAAGAUGCACAUGAGAUCAGCAGGACAAUAGCUCCUGGGAGAAAUCCAUGCUGAGGGCUACAGCAGCAUCUCAGAGAGAGGGCAAUAGAAGCAGCAUUUAGAGGUUUAUUCUGCUGCUGAGGACCUUAAAAAGGACAGGAGUCUUACAUUCUUUGGAGGGCUUUCUCCUCCACGCUGCAUCUACUCUCUGCUGCUGUAAGGUUACAGUCACCGCGCUCCCCGCGCACAGCAUCGGAAAGGACCGAUUUCUAGCCUGAGAUCAUGAGUGAAGCAAAGAAAGGAGAGAUAGCGAUCCGGGAUAAAGCCAUCCUGCACCAGCAGAGGCGUCUGAAACAGGCCACCCAGUUCACACACAAGGACUCUGCUGACCUCCUGCCCCUGGAUGGGCUGAAAAGACUGGGCACGUCCAAAGACCUGCAACCUCACAGCAUCGUGCAACGCCGCCUCCUGGAGGGAAACAUCACGCGGCUGAGAGGUGAGGGUCGUGACCCCAGCACCAGGGUUCGUUCCCCGCUGGCCGACACCAAGGACGGACCUGCCGACACCGAGGAGAGGAGCGAGAGCACGGCUGAUGACUCCACAGAGGAGAGGGAGUCUCUGGAGGAAAGCGAGAGGAGCCUACGGUCGGAUGAGGAAGACGACAGCAGCGAGGCCGGAGCCAGACAGACAGCUGAGAAACCUGAGGGCGGGGAGAGCGCGACUGUCCUCACAGCUCUCAUCAUUCAGUGCAAGUGCUGCGAGACUGAAGUCAAGGCAUCCAUCAACACUGGCAGCCAACGCAACCACAUCUCCACCUCCUGCUGCCAGAGGCUGGGACUGCUGCCCAGACAGGACAUUUCGCCAUGCGAUGUGAGCAGCUCAGUGACGGAUCUGCAGCUGCAGCUGGGCAGACAGACAGUCCAGUGUUCAGCCUACAUUAAAGAGGAUGAGGCGUUCGAGCUGUGCCUGGGUCUGCAGACUCUUCUGGAACUUAAAUGCUGCUUGGAUCUGAGCAGUCGGGUCCUGAAGCUGCAGGGCUCCGGCGAGGAGUUGCCCUUCCUGAACCCCUCGAAUGACAGUCAGUGCCAACAUGACACCAACGAGAACCUGUGAGCCCGACUCGGCAGCAGCGACCACUUCCUCCAAGCCUAAUUGGUUGCGGCAAUGCGGCACGAUGCUGUUUGUGUCUGGGCGUGGGGUCACAGUGUCUCUCACUGCCAGAACACGGACGAGCUUUCGCCUCUGUUGUGCUUGAGUUUACAUCUUUGCGUUGGUAGAAUUAAGAUAUUCACCAUGAUUAUCUCUCACAUGAAAUUAGUCUAGUAGUCAGAGCAAAAUCCAAUCUCUGUAAGUUUAAUCAUUCUUUAUGAUUAGACUAUAUAUUCAAACCAAUUUGUCUGUUGAGCUGCUCAAAAGCAGCAAUGCACUAAAAGGGAAAGCCAUGAUAAUCCUUGAAGUGAAUUUUAGUGGAAUAUUUUGUGAUUUGACUGUAAAACAAAAUGAAACAAACUUACUUUGAAGCAUCAAAUGAAUGAAAAAAAUGUUAAUUGACAAGCCAAAUUUCAGUUUAAGACAUAUGGCAGCAACAUCAGCCUAUCAGCCUAUCAGCACUGUUAAAACUCACUAUUUAACAUAUUAUGGCUAAUUUCUGAAGCCCAUACAAACACUAAAUGUACAAAAUAAAAGUUGCAUGUAAUGUAAAGGCUGAUAAAAACUUAAAUAAGCACAUAAAAGCCUCUAAUACUGCAACAGUUUCCAAAUUUUAAUGUUUUUAUGGAUUAAACCACUGACGCCUAACCUUUGUCCAUUGAAUUCACACAACCCAGCCAGAUGAAAUCAAACAUUUCACUCAUUCAUUCAUUUCUUCUAGCUAACACUAUAUGAACAAAAGUAUUGGCCUACACAUUACACCUACAGGAGCUUUUAUGACAUCCCAUUCUAAAUCCAUAGGCAUUAAUAUGGACCCUGUUCCCCCUUUGCAGCUGUAACAGCUUUCAGUCUGUGCCAGUUCUUGCCCAUUUAUCCAGAGAAGCAUUUGUGAGGUCACACAGUGUUGGUGGGCGAGAGGGCCUGGCUUGUAACCUCUGUUUUAGUUAAUCCCAAAGGGUUGAGGCCAGGGCUCUCUGUGGGCCAGUCAAGUUCUUCCACACCAAACUCAUCCUGCCAUUCCUUUAUUGGCCAUGCUUUGUGCACUGGAAAAGGCCUUCCCCAAAUUUGGAAACAGAAAUGGCUUGGUGAGCUGAUGCAUUAAGAUUUCACUGGAGCUAAAGGGCCCAGGCCAGCGUCAGAAAAACAGCCCUGUAUCCCUCCUCCACCAAGCUUUAUAGCUGGCACAGGUAGGUAACAUUUUCCUGGUGUUCACCAAACCCAGACUCAUCCAUCAGAAAUGUGAUUCGCCACUCCAGAGAACACAUUUCCACUGCUCCAGGGUCCAGGUGUGGUGUGCUUUACACCACUCCAUCCAAUUCUUGGCAUUGUGCAUGGGAACCCAUACCAUGAAGCUCCUGGCACACAGUUUUGUGCUGAAGUUAAUGCCAGAGGAAAUUUGGAGCUCUGCAGUUACUGAGUCAGCAAGACUACGAUGCUCUGUAAUUUUACAUCUUCUGCCACUGCUGUGAUUCCUGAACAGUUCCACUUUGCAAUAAUACCACUUACAGCUGAUCGUGGAAUAUCUAGGAAGGAAGACAUUUCACAGACUGACUGGUUACAACUAUUACAGUACCACAUGAUCCCUUUAGAGCGACCCUUUCUUUCACAAAUCCUUACAAAGCCAGACAGCAUUGCUAGGCACUUGAUUUUAUCCACCUGUGACAAUGGGACUGAAAACACCUGAAUUCAAAGACUAAGCGGUGUGCCCCAAUACUUCUGUCUAUUUAUAUAUUUCACAACCUUUAAGCCCAAUGAGCAAUUCCUUCUAGCAAAUAUUUCCUCCAAUACAUUAAUCAUACUCUAAUUUAUCUACUUUCCACCAUUUAUCUGUAAAGCUAUUUCCAUAGGUGUCCACCAUUUAUGGCAUCUGUAACUUUUAGCUAGCAACAUCAAACAAUUCUUUUAUUUUCAACUAUUCAUUGCUAUUUCUUGCCAUUAUUGCCACCAUUUUAGCUAUUCCUUUCACUCUGUGCCAUUUCCAGGCUAACCUUCAGCUUAUUAAGUUAACUUUUAUUUUUUAAGUUAAUUCUUUGCUUUUACGUAAAGACCACAUUCUGCAAAUUUAAUGUAGCUGAUUUACAUCGGUCAGUAGUAGGCAGCGCAUUUUAACUGUUUAUCAAUGGGUAGUAGCUGAAACAGGUACAUAUAACUUAAACUUGGCCAUAAGUUAUAUGUACCUGUUUCAACUACUACCCAUUGAUUUUAUCAGUUUGGCAGACCAAGGAUCCCAGCUGUGCACCAAAACAAUAUUUCAAAUGUUUGUUUUCUUAAUUUCACUGUCUACAAGUAUAAAAAUGUAGUUUAUCAAGCAGUUUCUGAUGCAUAAACUGCAAAUAAACAGCACAGUAUUUUGCAUGGUGAUAAUGCUGUGCAGCUUGUGAUCGAUUGAUGGUUUCUUGUAAACUUAAUGCAGUUUUUAUCAGAAGUUUAAUAAUAUAAUAAUAUAGUAUUUAGCUAUUUGAAUAGCUACUGAACCACAGUCACUCAAGGACCAGGCACAGUUUGACACGUUCAAGUUAAAAAUUAAUAGAAAUGAGAGAAAUGCAAUCUGUUUUUUGAAAGUUAAUCGAGAAGUUUUGAAAUUUUAAGCAACAAAAAAAGUAAUAAAUGAAAAUUUUGGAAUUUUGCAUCACGUUUAUCUUCAACUGUAACAAAUACAUAAAUACUCUAGUAUUUCCACUCUAUCAUGUAUUUUUGGAUUUUAAGUGUUAAUCCACAGUUGUACCCACAUAUUGUUUUUUAUGCCUAACUUUUAGGCAGCUGUUGGCUCAUCAAAGAUUCCAAUGGUUAUCCAUAUACUCUUUAUCUGAGCUCUUUAAGCCAUGUUGGAUGAUAGCUUUAACUAUUUCAUUUAUGUUUCUCAGAUGUUCUUGUCUGCAACAAGAGCAUCUAGCGAACAAAGCUCCCCUCCAAUCUUACCUCGUACGCCUGGUUGGAAAUCAGUGGAUUUAACGUAUUGCCUUAACAUGUUCAUUAGUGAGCUUUAGCUGGUGCUGGUAGGCUUCUGUUUUUCUCACCUUUGGACCAAGCCGGGCUGGCUUUUUUUAACCAACAUUUUCUGGCUGUAGCCUUAUAUUUACCAGAUAGAGCAGCGUCAGUCUUCUCACUGUCAUCAAUAUACUGUAUGAUUAAGCACAUUUCCCAAAAUGUCAAAGAAAUAACCCACCUUAUAUAAAAACUGAGGCUCUGCAAGCCGUUUCCUGAGUGUUAAAAGAAAAUGUUAAGAAGCUUUGAAGUUUUGUGUAAUUAGGUGUGGAUCAGGCUACCUCCUUAAAAACCACAGACUGGUUCUCAUCCAGAAUUUUAAGCAAUCUAAUGAAACGUUUCUUAAGUAGAUAUAUUUAGCUUUGUAAAGCCCCUUCAUUCUUUUUUUCCUCAUAAAGAGACGGAUUUGGUUAUGUUUUCCGAGAGCACACUUUCCAGGCUGUCACAAUGGCCUGAACUGAACUAUGGUAGUUCCCUAUAAAUCCCCUCAAAUAAAAAUAGACUUCAGGCCAACCGGUUAAAUAUAUCAGAGUCAGAAAUAUCAAAACAUUCCAUCUGCAUGACUUUGUAAAGUUCUGCCUUUGUAUAAGUCUGCAUGUUUAUGUGCUCGUCUGAUUAUGUCACGUUGAAAGUCUGAAGGGGCUGGGUGUGUGUGUGUGUGCGCGCGCGUGUGUGUGUGUGUGUGUGCGUGUGUGUGUUAUACGUCCAAGCAGGGUUUUCUGCCAUCUUAUAACAGCAGCUCCUGUUUCACGUGGGAAAAAGUGGAACAGGUCCCAUCAUCCCCGACCGGUCCACCGAGCUCCGGUCAGAACAAGCUGCCAAAAGCCGACCCCUGCUGCCUUCCCUUUCUGACUCUUUCAGGAGAUUUUAACUGCUCGGCUGAGGCUGCACUCCGUGCCAAGGCACCUCUUGAAGCUUAUCUUCAUUUAGACGACUCAUUUUCUUUGUGUAUUUGCCACCUUUUUGGCUGAUGUUAUUCACUCUUGACGCCUCACGUUUGCUGAUUUGCCUCCCCACUACAGUGCCACCUGCCUCUCUUGUCUGUGUUUUCAUAGUGUGGAGAGUAAGGAACUGCCUCAGAUUUGCACCAUCAUGCUCCGCUUUAACAACACCUGAGCCGCGCCUUGCUUUUGACUCUGCUACAGUAACCAUCUAGCCUAUUCUUGGCGGUCAUGAAUGCGUAGAUUGGAAAAAUUUGUUUCUCUUUGUUGUACUAGUGACCUUCCUAUGAUGUGUGAGAGGAAUCGAUGUAUGACAGAAGUUUAUUUUUGGUGUUUUUUCUUCUUCUGAACAGUAUUUUCUCUGCCUAAUAAAAUAUGUAUUCUGGCUAG